AAACUAAUUAGAAAUCUUCAACCAGAAGUGUGUUUGAGUGUGUGCUUGUGUUUGUAUGCUGCUGAUAAUGACGAGAGAGUGUGCGGCAUGAUCGCCAGUGAGUUUUGCUGUGGUUUAUUUAUAGUGUGUGUGCAUCAGCAGCGGUCACAAUGCUGCAAAUGAAGCCCUUCAGAGAGAGAGAUGCGUGUGACGGCUGAGGAUGGACGACACUGCGCUUCACAUCCACUCAGACGGAGAUUUCACCCUCGACUGCACCAUGAUCUGUGGAGGAAAGUAAACCAGCAUCUCUCAUCCUCAAAAGGAGCUUUAACACUCUUAAAAGGACGUUUAAAGAAAGAAGAGUCGAAUUAAAGACAGAUAUAUACGCUCGGCUGCAGAUGCUGUGUGUAGGUGUGAAUCUGUCUGUCGCACAGUUUCCGGAUUUUCUGUCACUGAUUUUCGAUUACUGACUGACUGGAGGAGAGGGAGAGGGGGAAAGCGCGAUGCAAGAGCUCGAGUUUGUGUUUUUCAGGAUAAUUCCCACUCGUUAAGAAGAGAUUUGAGCUGUGGGAAUGUGUAGAAACUCUCCUGUACUACAUAAACACACAUCAACAUAACUAUCGAGGUGUAUUUUCAACUCUUUAAGCUAUGGCUGUGAGGCCCACCCUCAUCUUCAUUCUCUCUCUGAUUGGCUGCUGUGCUCUUGAAGACCCGCCCCAGGCCUCAGCCCCACCCCCUCCUCGUGGGUGUGGCACCGCGGUGGACCCGCCGUACAGAGUUCUGUGUGACCUGGAGUCAGUGUGGGGCAUCGUGCUGGAGGCCAUAGCAUGUGGCGGCACCGUAUCCGCACUGAUUCUGGCCAUCAUUCUUCUGGCUAAGCUAAAAACGGUGACAGAACCAGAAAAAAGAUGCGGCGUUGGUCCGCUCCUCCUGCUAUUGGCUGGAACGAUGGGUCUGUUCAGCCUAUCGCUGGUGUUUAUGGUGGGGCGUGGCGAGGUGCUCUGCAUGGUGCGCCGCGGGCUCUGGGGGGCGCUGUUUGCUAUGUGUUUCUCCUGUUUGCUGGUACAGGGAGUGCGACUGAAGAAGCUAGCCGGAGGGAGGCGGAGCCCUGCAGGAAGUUCUCUCGCCGGAUUGGCUGUCGCACUCACUGUCGUUCAAGGCAUUAUCGCUGGUGAGUGGCUGCUGCUUACGGUGGUCCGUGAGGGACAUGCCGCCUGUGAAUACCUGCCUUUGGACUUUGUGCUGGUCUGCAGCUAUGCUCUAGCAUUGUUGCUAGCUGCCAGCGUGUUGUCGCUAGCUGUGGUGUUGUGCGGCGGGAAUAACAGAGAGGAGUCCAGCAGAAAGAGGAUGAAGUGGAGGUGUAACGCCGUCUGGCUUUUCCUCUCAUGUCUUUCAUCACUUCUCCUAUGGGUCGCCUGGCUUGGGCUUUACCUCUAUGGUGAUGUCGGCAUCUCAACUGUGGCGAAGGAUUGGGAUGAGCCGGCGUUGGCGGUUGCCUUGGUGACCGAGGGUUGGGUGCUGUUGUUGUUUCACGCUAUCCCAGAAACACACCUCUGUUUGCGUCCGUCCAGUCAGAGGAGCACAGAUACCGCACAGAACUACUACGACACCCCUCAGCCUCCGGCUGCACAGGGUUACCAUGACGAUGAGCGGCCGACCAAUCCCAGAGCUCCAUUCACUGAGAGUCAGGCGUACACUGUAGAGGAGCACAGCGCAGCAGUUCUGCAGGCUGGAGGUUACCAUAACGGAUUAAUACGACCCGCUCUGCCUUUCCGGAGUCACGUUUACCAGCCUACUGAAAUGGCUCUGCUCAUGAAUGCAGGACCGAUCCCCACAGCUCCUCCAAACUUCACAGGCAGGCAUCUGUGGUGAGAGCAAUAACAUCCUCGUCUGCCCCGGGACGGCUCACAGGGUCAAACGGCACUUUAUUACAGUUCCAUAAUAAUCAUUUGGAAAUGCUCCUCUAAUUAAAGUCCACAAGUCGAAGCUAAAUGCACACUUUUAACACAGGAGCCAGCUAAUUUUGCACAAGUUCUCGAAUAAGUGCUUACUUUAAAGUACAGGACGCAUAUUUGAUAUCGCCAUGGUGAUGUUUAGAUGAUGCGAUUGGACAAAUCACGCAGAUGAAGACCUGCGAUAAUUUACAUAAACAGAGAUGUGUGAAGGAGAAAGCAGAGGGAGUGUUAAAGUCAACACGAAAUGCUGCUCACAGACUCAUUUACUUGCAUAAUAUCAGUGUUUAAGAAUUAUUUUAGGGCUUGAUUAAAAUUUUAUCAAAAAUUCAGGUUAUUUUGGAAACCUGAUUACAAUGAAUUUAUGAGGGAAACAUUCUCUCAGUGUUCUGGUAACGUUCUUUCAAAGUUAUGAACAAACAUUUAUCAUAGUGACUAUUAAAAUGGUCGUUCAAAGUCUGAUCUUCAAUAAUGUUAGCAUAAAAA